GUUUACCCUCCCACUUCCUUGUUGCACUGCAGUGCAAGGGCCAUAAACUGAACGGCUGGCACAGCCGAGCCUGUGACAGCACAGGCAGAAGGAAGAAGAGGAGGGGGAUGGCAGCCAGCCCCCCACCCUGUGUCAGAGCACCCCAGGUGCCGCCGUGGUGGUUGGGAGCGCAGCCCUUCCCCUAGGGAUGGUGCCGCUGCCUGCGGCAGCACUCUGAUGCCCGCCAGCCGCCCUCAUGGUCGGGGCUGGGGGCACACCAGGAGAGAACAAGACUUACUUCCCAUUCUUCUCAGACUUCAGGGGUGGCAACGUGACGGCCCUGCGUGUCGGUGAGUCGGCUGCACUGGGCUGCAUCUUCCUGCUGGCACUGGUGGGCAACAUCUGGGGCAUCUGCCUGCUGGUGUGGCGGCAGCAACGGCUGUGCGCUGCCAACUACCUGGUCCUCAACCUCUUCUGCGCCGACCUGCUCUUCAUCACCGCCAUCCCAUUCAUCGCCAUCGUACGCUGGACCGAGAACUGGGUGCUGGGCGACGUCAUCUGCCACAUGCUCUUCUAUGUGAUGACCCUCAGUGGCACCGUUGUCAUUGUCUCUCUCUCAGCCGUCAGCCUGGAGCGGGUCAUCAGCAUCGCUCAGCUGCACCACACUGCCUUCCGCCACCGCCGCCGCCGCAAGCUGCUGGCUGCUGCUCUCCUCAUCUGGGGCUUUGCCGCUAUCGUCACCCUGCCGCUCUGCUGCUUCUUCACCGUGGUGCAGCUGCCCAGUGUCACUGGUGAGGAGAUUCAGAUUUGUACCUUGGAUUGGCCCAGCCAUGCAGGAGAAAUAGUCUGGGAUGUGACCUAUGCUGUUGUUGUCUUUUUAAUACCAGGAUUAAUCAUUGUCAUCAGUUAUUCCAAAAUCUUACAGAUUACAAAAGCAUCAAGAAGAAGUUUAAAUGCUGGAUUGGCCUACUCAGAAAAUCACCAGAUUCGUGUUUCCCAGCACGACUACAAACUAUUCCGAGCCCUCAUUGUGCUGAUGAUCUCCUUCUUCAUCAUGUGGAGCCCAAUUAUCAUAAUUAUUUUUUUUAUUUUAGUCCAGAACUACAAACAAGAUAUUUUGCCAUCCGUUUUCUUCUGGAUAGUGCUAUUCACUUUUGCCAACUCUGCUGUCAACCCAGUUUUAUAUAAUGUUGCCCAUUUCAGACGUAAAUGUCAGGAAAUUCUCCUCUGUUGUACAGGGAACCCUGUAAGGACUGGGGCUGGUUCGGAAACCUCUGCAAGAAGAAGUAAAUAUGAACAGCCUAAUUUGUCUGUCAUUACCAGAUAAUUAUUUAAAGUCUGAACUGUGACUCAUUUUGGAUGUUAAUGUCCAUACUAUCCCAGUUUGACUAGGUUAUCAUGCUAUAGUAUUAUAUGCUGGAGAAGGCAAAAAGAAAAACAUUUUUUAUUCCAGCAAGUAAAAUCCUCUCGACUACACUGCUUUGCCUCAGUAAGAUUUGCACAAUUUAAUCCAAUGGAUUGAACUCUCCACUUGUACUGGAAGAAAAUGAAAUAUGGCAGUGAACUUGGUGAAUGUAAAAUAGUUGAAGUAAGUACUUAGCAGAAUUAAAUUUUAUGGGAGUACAUUUUCAGUUGGCAAAAAUGUUAUUAAUUUUAAUAAAGUUGUAGUGAAUCUAUAUCAAGAGCAGAUCUAUUCCAUUUUUACUCUAUUUUUUUUUUUGCUGAGAUCAACUUUAUAGUGAAAAUGUACAUCUUCAGACAUUUUCUGCUCUUGUAGAUUUCCAGAGAAAAAAGGCGCUUGAUUUUACAGUUAGAUAACUGACUACCUGCAUAAAGGUUUUGGCAAAUGAGAUUAUAAACCUCUGUUAUCAACACGUGAAUGAUUGUUUUGGUUCCACCUUAAAUUAAAUAUAUGGAUAUAAUGCCUGAUAAUUUAUAAAUAAAUAAUAAAUAAAUGUUUACUUGU